CUUCCGUCUCGUAUUUGCUUUGCUUCCUCUUCUCUCCCUCCUCCGCGCCCGCCUCCUCUCCCCUAACGCUUAGGGUUAGCCAGGCAGCGACCUCCCUCGCGAAUCCUCCAUAGCCGCCAUGGCCACGGCGGUUCUCAGAUCCCACGAUGCGCUCAACAACCGCCUGCAUCUCGACGCGUACACCCCGUCCCCGGCGAAGCCGCGCCGGCGCCGUAGCCCCAAGCCGGCGGCCGCGUCUUCGCCGCCCGCAAGGGCCGCGGCGCCCAUAGCCUCGACGUCGCCGCCGAAGCCUGCUGCGGCGCAGAAGACGGCGACGCCCGUUAAGGGUCCUGCAGCGUCUGGACGCCGUUCGCCGGUGGCUAGGCCGGCUGCUUCGGCGCGGAAGCAGCUGUCCCCCGUUAAGGAGAAUCCCAACCGGCGGCUUGUCAUGGAGGAGGUCCGGAUCUUGAAGCGCGGCGAGGAACCGCCCGCUCCAGCUCCCGCGCCAGCCCCUACGCCGGUGAUAGCAGCGCCCCCCGCGGCGCAAGCCGCGGCGGUUGACCAGCGCGCCCUCUGCUCCACUGGUCGGAUCGGGCCGCAGGCGCCCGCCGUGGUGCCGACGAAGAAGAUGGUGUCGCCCCCCGCUGCAUCUCCAGCCAACGCGACCGUGUUCGCGCGCCGGGUGUUUUCUGCCUCGGUGCCCGCCGUAGUGCCGACGAAGAAGACGGUGGCGGUCCCCGCUGCAUCACCAGCCAAAGCCCCCGUGUACGCGGGCCUGGCGUUUUCUACCGCAGCGCCUGAGCCCAGCUCCCUCCCCAUGCCCUCCUUCUUACUCCUUCCCGCGGAGUCCGAGGCUACUCGUGGCCUUCGGUGCCUCCUCCGCAUCGGCGACCUCGCCUGACACGGCUGCCGUCUCUCAGUCACCCUUCGGCCUGGUCUCUGCUCCCCUCUCUUUUCUGGUUGUUCCCUAUGGAUGGUUGGCGCCUGAAGGGCGGAUGGAUCCGAUGGAAAGCUAGCUUCUCCGGAUCCGGUCAGAUCAUAUCUCCCGGUAUCCCGUUCCGAUCAACCUCUUCCGGUAUUUUUUCAGAGGAAAGGUUGGCCAACGGCGUUCCGGUGGUUGGAUUUGUAUUUGGUGGCGGUGGACUCCGGUUAUGUCCACUGAUUGCUUGCUGUUCGGUUCGCUUAAGUGGUAAAGCUGAUGUCUUUAGGUUAGAAGAAUAACUAAGAUUGGGUAGGAAGGAAGGAUGGUGGAUUGGUUAGCUAGCUGCUGGCUGCUUGGUUCAGGAGUUGGGGUUAAAUUAGCGUCUGAAAUACUUGUUUGGUUUAGGUAUUCCUAUGUAGACGACCUGAUUAUGAUUCAGGGUGGUUUAUCGUAGCAGUAAUCUGAAGUUUGGUGUGGUGUUUGAUCUGUGUGAGUCUUGUGUUAGGUGAGUCAUGAACAAAUUUAUGUGGUCUUUAUUAGUAGGUCAAGGUGAAGUUCUUCUCUUUAUGUAUCUAUAUCAGCUUAGCUGUGAUACGCGUGUGAGUCGUAAAUUUCGAUAUAUGAAAGUCUGUUCUUGCAUCUGAUCAGGAAUUGUGAACAUCUCUUUCUUCAUAUGCCUCUCUUUCGUGAAACUGGGGAUAUGUCUUUCGUCUAGAUUUACUUCUGUUCGGCUGCUCCGCUGGCGGCUGCUGCUGUUCAUGCUCAUGCACUAUGGAUGUCAUGAAUUAUAAACCAAAGAUUUGGGAAUUUUUUAA